CAGAACUCUAGGACCAUGGCGUUGUCCCCGCCCCUUCCGCGAACAGCCCGGAAGUCUCUCUCCGACGCCGGAAGUACCGCCGCGACCCGGCCGCCUCAGUGUCUAUCCCGACCCCGACGCCCAGGGGAGCACUUGCUUCCGGUCCCCGGUGGGCCCCGGGGUUUCCGUGCGUGCGCUCCGGAACGGUGUCUCGGGAGCGCCGGAAGCUCGGGGAGAGCGCCGGGACGGGCGCGCGGCCCGUCCGGGGCCAUGAACGGGACGGCGAACCCGCUGCUGGACCGCGAGGAGCACUGCCUGCGCCUGGGCGAGAGCUUCGAGAAGCGCCCGCGGGCCUCCUUCCACACCAUCCGCUAUGAUUUUAAGCCGGCAUCCAUAGACACGUCCUGCGAAGGGGAGCUGCAGGUGGGCAAAGGAGACGAGGUCACAAUCACGCUGCCGCACAUCCCUGGCUCCACACCGCCCAUGACUGUGUUCAAGGGGAACAAACGGCCUUAUCAGAAAGACUGCGUGCUGAUCAUCAACCAUGACACGGGCGAGUACGUGCUGGAGAAGCUCAGCAGCAGCAUUCAGGUCAAGAAGACGAGAGCCGAGGGGAGCAGUAAAAUCCAGGCCCGAAUGGAGCAGCAGCCCAACCGUCCCCCGCAGCCAUCGCAGCCUCCACCACCGCCACCACCACCACCACCACCUCCACCUCCACCACCUAUGCCCUUCAGAGCUCCGACCAAGCCUGCAGCUGGACCAAAAACGUCUCCUUUGAAAGAUAACCCCUCCCCUGAGCCGCAGCUGGAUGACAUCAAAAGAGAGCUGAGGGCCGAGGUGGACAUCAUUGAGCAGAUGAGCAGCAGCAGCGAGAGCGGCUCCUCCGACUCCGAGAGCAACUCGGGCAGUGACGACAGCUCCAGCAGCGGAGGCGAGGACAGCGGGCCGGCCUCCCCGGCCCAGCCUUCACACCAGCAGCCCUACAACCACAGAGCCUCCGUCGCCAACGGAACCAGCCGGCCCCAGGGAAGUAGCCAGCUCAUGAACACCCUCAGAAAUGACCUGCAGCUCAGUGAGUCUGGCAGUGACAGUGAUGACUAACCCCGGAUGUUUCGAAAUCUCCUUUUUGGUGCGCAGAAACGCCACAAGAUCAGGCUGCUUGAGCGUGGAUUCCGUUGCCAAGAGGAAGAUGAUGGGGCUCAGUGACUGGCAGGAGUGGGGGGCUUGUGCUGUUCGGACAUUCAAGUCCUUCCCGUAGUGGUGAUGGGUGAUUUUCCUUAUGUGAUUUGUGAACAGUCUCAUGUUUCGAAGUUUAAGUAGAUCCAGAGAAUAACAGUUACAUUUCUAUUCAGUUAGCUCUGUGUGUGGGAAGUGGAGAGAUGUGUCCUGGUCCGCAGUGCGCACAGGCCACACCCUCACCAGAGCGGUGAUACCGUCUCAACCUCAGCAGCCAUCAGUCUGGCCGAGGGGUCUGCACCAGUGAAAUGAAAAUCUCUGAGAACCAGGAGAGAGGGGGAAGCCUCCAACUGCAUCAUAGAAAUAUGUUAAAAACCACUUGAAAUUGCUGACACAAAGUGGUAAGGAAGUUUUGUCCGGCUCCACCCGGCUAACCUGUGUAGAAGUGGGUUUCAGGCUGGAGUCCCAGAUGUCAGCUGGGUGCAGCUCAGGAGAGCCGUUGGCUCCAGCUGGGGGCCAGAAGCCCGGCGUCUGCCCGCACUGCAGGCUGCUCGGCUUUCGCUUCCCUGAACUUCAUUUGCUGAAAUCCAAGUUUUUCACACAGUCUCUUUCAGGUAUGCAUUGGAGCUUUCCAUAGACUCUGAAAGUUCACAUGUUGGACACUUAUAACUAGAAUUUAGACCCAGACAGUCCCUAAAUGCAUGCGGCCAGGCCAGCAGAUGAAACCAGCAGCCACUGUGCUGGUCACAUGAUUAGUUAAAAGGGCGCUUUAAUUCCAUGUUUGGUCCAGGCUGCGUCAGUCUGUGGAUGUUACUGGGAGAGUGGACACAGAAGAGGGUGUGAUGACACAGCCUCUGAACAGAAACACCAGAGCCAAGAUAGGAGCUCUGUCGCAUAGAGCCAACAGUCUUCACGGUCUUUCGAAUCAUGCCCUUGUGCUGGAGUUGGUGCCUGACUCCCAGACGAUAAUGUGUGUUUUUGUGUCCAACCAAAAGAAAGUCACAAGGUUGCCUUUUUUUGUGAAGUUUCCAAAAUGAUCUGUCUUCUUCACAGGAAGCUGGUCACUAGUAAAUGUUCCAUAUUGAGUGAUGUGUGACAGUUGUCCUGUAGUUCGCACAUGCUUGUCUGCUUCUGUGGUUAGAAUGAAUGUGUUCUGAGAAAUGUCCAUCUACUUUAAUACAGAGAGCAUCAUGACCUUGGUACUCCUCUCCUUGGGCCCCUCCAUGCAGAUGGCCUGUCGGUCUCCAGUCAGCGUGGGGAAGGAAGGGAGAUGGUCCAGAAACUCAAACCACCUUGCAGCGUUGGCUGCUGGAUCUAUAGAGUGCCCAGGGAGCUGGAGAUGGGUCGGGUGGCCGUUACCCACGCCACUUCACGCACGUGUAGGAGAAGGUGGUCUGGUCAUCCCGAGGGUCCAGUGGAUUCAGCGCCAGCUCAGGACAUGUCUGUGGGGGAUUACUACUUGCUUUAUGAGUCCUUGGUAAUGACAGCUCAGGGUAGGUGCAGUCAUGACUAGGAAACUUGAAUUGUAACUGUGGGAGUUGUUUCAUUUCUCUUAACUUGCUCCUACUUGGGGCAAAUUCCAGGAACUUGAACUAAAAAUACCUAUUUAAGCCUCUGCCUGUCUCUCUCCUCCUCUCCUUUCUCCAGAAGUCUUGACUUACAUAAAUAUAGACAGACCUGUGGUUUGUAGCACAGUGGGUCGAGAGGUUUGUUUGCACGUGGCACUGGGCUUGGUGAGUCAAGCUUUCUGGGCCCCUCCCCUGUCCUGUGUCCUAACUGGCAUGUCCUAGUUCUCUGCCAAGGCUCCAUUUUUGCUCUGCACAGAGCCUCCAGUGGGUCAGUGCCCCAACUCCCCGGUUUAUCUAAAGAGCCGAAGUGGCUCACCUACAACUUCUCAUGAGGAUGCUUGCACCACCAAAAUAGGAGUCAGCCCUCCUGCCACGUGCCUGCCUGGCCGGCCCCUCCCCACUCCUGAUGCUGUCCCACGUGCCAUCUGCACGGACCUUCCUGCUGGCGUCAGCCUGCGGGGAGUGCCCUCUGCGAACACACACUGCGUUCUCUUGCUCUAUCACUGCUUGGUGCAGCUCCUGCUCCAAGGAGGACAGGCGCUCUGUUCUCAUUCCCAGGGGGCCGCAGGAGUAGCCAUCCAGGGGCUCUGCCUGGUCGGG